CAAUUUUCAUCCUCCUCCUAUGGGAAUUCGAAACUUCUGCAACAUUUGCAGGUUUUUCACAAUUCAUCAUUUCUUCAAAAACACUCUUUUCCAAUCACCUACUGGUUCUUCCCCAAUUUGCACCCUAAAACCCUUUCUUACAACUUGUUCAAUUUAUAAUCCUCGCAACAUAUACUUGAAGCUUGAUUUUCAAUUUCAUACUCCAAGGUACUUUUGUUCUAACCCUAAUUCUUCUUAUAAACGUAAACCAUAUACUACUUCAAAGCAAGUUUCUGAAAUCAUUGCAUUGAUUUGCGACGGUGUGAAUGAUUUGGAAUAUAGGUUAAACAUGAUGAAUGUGUCAUUGUCUUUGUCAUCAGUUGUUUAUGUUUUUGAUAAAUUAGCGAGUGAAAGAGUUUCAGCCUUGAUGUUUUUUCAUUGGCUUAAUGUCUCACAUCGUGAGCUUUGUUGUGAUCCUGAGAUAGGGAAUUUGGUUAUUGAGAAUUGUGGGUUGUUGGGAAAUUAUGAGGCUAUGGUUCCUGUUUUGGUUGAGUUUAACUUAAAAAGGAUGUGUUUGGGAAGAAGAGCGUUUAGGUUCUUGGUUGUUUUGAGGUUGGAUAAGGAUUCUAGUAUGGAAUGUGUGAGGAGAGUUGUGGAUGCGCUUAACAAGGUUGGAGGGGUUUGUCGGAGUUCCGGGGUGAAAUUGUUGAUAGAGACGUUUAGUUUUUCGGGUGAUUUUGAUAUUGCGGAGUAUGUGAUAGAAGAAACGGGAAGGAAUGUGAGUCGUUACAACUUUUUAUUGAGGUUAAUGUGUAAGAGAGGUUAUUACGAAAGAGUGGAUGAUUUGGUAGAGAAAAUGAAGGGAAUCGGUGUGGAACCGGAUGGAAGUACUUACAAUUUGUUGGUAAGUUGUCUAAUGAAGAUUGGUAAAUUUGUUGAGGCUUGCCAAGUUUUUGAGAUGGUGGAAAGAGAAAACGGUUUGCCGGAUGGGUUUUCGGUUGAUGUUCUUAUUAGUUUGUUAUGUAAACAUGGACAGAUUGAUUUAGCUUUGAAGUUUCUUGAUAAAAUGGCUUUGAAGGGUAUCCAACCUUGUAGUUUAACGAAUGCUGUGGUGAUAAAGUCGUAUUUUGAAUCAGGAAAAUACGAUGAAGCACAUGAGUAUGUUGUUGAUUCUGCUUGUAAGCAUAGCUAUUCCAGCAAUGAAAGCUACACCUUACUCGCUUCUCUUUAUUUAAAGAAAGGAAGUGUUCUACUUUCUCAAAGGAUUCUUCGUGAGAUGAUGGAUAGAGGUCUUAAACCUAAUUAUUCAGUGUAUAUGAAGAUUAGGAAGUGUCUUGAGAAGAAAAAUAAAAAAGAUUUGUCUUUGGAAUUAUCAACAAGAUUCUCAAGCUUUAUCGAAAAGUGAACAAAGAUGCCAGAUUUUGUGUGACAAGUUUUGGUAAUGUCAUCCGGUGUUUGCUGAAUAGCUACUCUGCAUUUGGAAGGGUUCAUCCGUUGAUAUUUGCUUCAAUUUUUUUCCUGGUAUUCAGAAGCUCGCCAAUGUUGUUGGGAAAUAUGAGAACAAGACAUAGAAGCUGCUCAAUCGGAUGAAAUAUAGUUCGGCUAAAACGGGUAAAGGAAGAGUGGAGAAAUAUAUGGAUGAAAUCUAUAAAAGAGCUAGCUCUGAAUGAUUUAAUUGAAAAUGAAACCUGAUGUAGUCUCUAUAGAAGGAAGAAAGUUGUCUUUGUUGACACAAGAUGAAAAUAAUGUAUGUAAAGAGGGCUAUGUGUACAUGCCCCUCCUCAAUUUCUCCAAAACAACUAUUUUUCAUGUUAUAUUAUUUCUGAAAAUAAUAAAACUGAUUAAGCUUGGCCUGCCUAACAAAAUGUGUGUUCCCUUUAGGCCCCUUUGUGCUAAUUCUAUUGCUCCACUUUUGUUGUUGAUAUUAAGUAGUCUAUUAUCUUGUUUUACAUUUGUUCCAAGUUUCCUACUUGCUAUAACCAUUUAACCAUACAAAAUGAAAAGAAAAUGAGAUAUUGA